AUGACUAGCCCUAAGGUUGCCACCCAAUUCUCCAACUCUGGCCCCCUGGCAUUGCUGACCGGGGAACCCCACGCAGCGCUCUUGGCGUUGAGGUCCCCCAUCACCAACACCGGCGCCGGAGCUGCCCUCCUCACCGCUCUCUCUAGGGUCUCCAGGAACCUUAAUUCACAAAAAGCUUGCGACUGGAAACCUGACAGUGUUGACGCAGCUCGUCAGGAGAAGACGAGCGAAGAGAGCCAAUAUUUCCAGUGUGUGUCAUAUGGGUCUCUUCCGACGGAGAAGCACGAGUUCUACUAUUUCAUGGUGAACAUGGUGCUGAUGUACCUUGCGCCACUCAUUUCCACGCUCUACUGCUCGCUCGCCGCGCUACUUGAAAUAAUUCGCCGUGCUAAUACAGCCAAUGAUAAAAUGCGUCGCAGCGGGGUGGGCAUUUUAGGGCGAGCGCGAGCGCGGACGCUCAAAAUGACUGUCACCAUAGUGCUGGUGUUUUUCACGUGUUGGUCACCCUACUACUUCUACUGUAUGUGGUACUGGAUAGACAAGGACUCAGUGCAAAGUCUGGACCCAGCGCUGCAGAAGGCAAUGUGGCUGUUCUCGUGUACAAACUCCUGCGCAAAUCCCAUCGUGUACGGGAUUUUCAACCGCAAUCGGUGGUCGUUGCGCUCUCAUUCUAACAGAUACAAUGGCAGCGUCAGAAGAGGCUCUCGGUUCCCAUACGGAGAGUCAAUGGAGAUAUCAGCUGCAACAUUGGCCCGCGCAAGAAACUCUAUCGUGAGCCAUCGACGCGAUUCCUUUGUUCCGAACGGGUCGAAGCAUUUCCACAACAACAACAACAAAUGCAAUGGCAUGCUGUAGCUACGGCUCAGACAACGGCGCUCGAAUAACGUAAAACGAAAACGUUACAAAGACGAGCGCUUUUUGUGAACAUUGAAAUAACGUUAUGACGUUAAAGACAUUUGAUGUGGUCGUUAUUAAAAAAAACGUUCUAGCUUAUAAGGCAGCGAAACUUUUGACUUGUACAAUCCAUACCCUAUGAUAACUGACCCUCUAAUCGACCAUUUGGUUCUGGGUAGAUAAAUAUGAAGAACAGUGUUAAAAAAACUUGACCUUUAUAAUUUCCUUAUUGCAUCAUUAGUGAAUGUUUUUAAAAAUUUUUAUCCAUUUGAUCUUUAACGUACAUUUGCUUAAGGCGCAGUAUUUUAUUUAACGCGAGCCUAUAUUUUAGGAGGAUAGGUGCGGGUUGCCGCCUUUGCGUCGCACAACCCGCGCGCUGAAAAUGAAUAUGAUUAAAAUAAGAACAGGUCGAGGAAAUUUGACACAGAUCCGAUGUCAACAAGCGCCCGAUUGCGACUGACGGGAGAACGGGUGGCGCGGCGUAUCGUUAAACCCCUGGGCAAUUUUAGCAGGUUCUCUGUAGUACUUAAACAGAUAUAAAAAUUAUGUGCAACGUUAGACAUUUUAUUCUUAAAUAAUUUGUUUUAGACUUAUUAUUAUUUUAGCCUGUUUACAGGAUUUUAUAUGAUC